CGUCCGCCAUCGCCGCCGUCGUCGCCAUGCAGCGCGGGCGGCGGCGGGAAGGCGGCGGCGCGGGGCAGCAGCUGGUGCUGAGCAGGUUCUUCAGGACGGCGGGGAGCGGCGGGGAGCGGGGCGCCGGCCGAGAGACGGCUUCUGAAUUUGCCACAAAAAGGAAAACAUCAACUGAAAGCAGUGAACCUUAUGAAAAGAAGACCAAGACACGACAAAUUACCUUAGAAGAUAUCUGUAACCCACUGAAGACUCAGGAUAAAAAGGAACCUCAGAAGUGUGAAAAGCCUCGUAUAUGUUUACGAACCCUGGACAGACUGAGAGAAUUCUGCAGUGAUUCAGACCAGCAGUGCAACAGAGCCCAGGAGGAUGGUUUUCAGGAGAAAAAGUCUCUGAGUACUGAAAAAUGUCCCAGUAUUACUGGGAGAAGUUCAGAAUUGAAAAACCCUCUUCAGUCUGAGGACAUCAGCCCACAAGUUACUCAGAAGGAGGAGUUACGCUGUGAUCUUAGCCAGUUUUCUGCAUCUUUUAAGUCCAACGACAAUACUCAGAAUACUUCAGAUGUGAAUCUUAAUAAAAGAACCAAGAGCAUUUAUACUCCACUAGAACUUCAGUUCAUAGAAAUGAAGAAACAAUAUAAAGAUGCUGUUUUGUGUGUGGAAUGUGGAUAUAAAUAUCGCUUCUUUGGAGAAGAUGCAGAGAUUGCAGCUAAAGAACUAAACAUCUAUUGUCAUCCAGAUCAUAACUUUAUGACUGCCAGUAUUCCAACUCACAGACUGUUUGUCCAUGUGCGGCGGCUUGUAGCAAAAGGAUAUAAGGUAGGAGUAGUAAAACAAAUGGAAACUGCAGCACUGAAGGCUGCUGGAGAAAACAAAAGUUCUGUCUUCAGCCGGAAGCUGACUGCUCUCUACACAAAGUCUACACUUAUUGGAGAAGAUGUGAACCCUUUGCUGAAGCUAGAUGAUUCUGUAGAUGUUGAAGAGGUAACAACAGAUGUCCCUGAUAACUACCUUCUCUGUAUGUGUGAAAAUGGAGAAAACUUAAAGGACAAGAAGAAAGGUGAUAUUGUUAUAGGCAUUAUGGCAAUCCAACCAACUACUGGGGAAGUAAUUUUUGACAGUUUUCGGGACUGCGCGUCUCGCUUGGGAUUGGAAAGUCGGAUUUUGCGCCUGCAGCCAGUUGAAAUAAUACUUCCAUCUAGCUUGUCAGAUAAAUCUGAAAAGCUCAUCAACAGUAUAACCUCCAUGAGGUUACGGGAAGACAGAAUUAGGAUAGAAAGAAUGGACAACCUCCAUUUUGAGUACAGCCAUGCUUUCCAGCUGAUUACUGAUUUUUAUGCAAAAGAAGUGCCUGAUACUACAGGUCCUCAGAAACUGUCUGUAAUACUGGGCUUGGAUAAGCCUGUUAUUUGCUCUCUGGCAGCAGUAAUUGCAUACCUCAAAGAAUUUAGUUUGGAAAGGAUGCUUUACAACCCAAGCAAUUUUAAACAGUUGUCAAGUGAAACUGAAUACAUGACAAUUAAUGGGACAACAAUGAAAAAUCUUGAAAUUUUGCAGAAUCAGACUGAUAAGAAAACAAAAGGAAGCCUGCUCUGGGUCUUGGAUCAUACUAAAACUUCCUUUGGACGUCGGAGAUUGAAGAAAUGGGUAACUCAGCCCCUCAUGAAAUCCAGUGAAAUAAACGCCCGGCUUGAUGCUGUAUCUGAAAUUCUACUGUCAGAAUCCAGUGUGUUUGGUCAGAUUCAGAAUCUUCUUUGUAAGCUGCCAGAUAUAGAGAGAGGCCUCUGCAGUGUUUUUCACAAAAAGUGCUCAACCCAAGAGUUUUUCUUGAUAGUAAGCACCCUAUCUCGUCUGGACUUGGAAAUUCAAGCUCUUGUUCCAGUCAUAAAUUCUCAUGUGAAAACUCAUAUAUUGAAAAAUGCACUGCUGGAAAUCCCAGAACUUCUGUCCCCAGUGAAACAUUAUUUAAAGAUCCUUAAUGAAGAAGCAGCUAAGACUGGAGAUAAAACACAGUUGUUCAAGGAUCUCACAGACUUUCCUGUCAUCAGAAAGAAAAAGGAAGAGAUCCUGGAUGUGCUUUCUAAAAUCCAACUGCAUCUGCUGGUCAUUCGUAAACAGAUUAAGAAUCCUUCUGCAGAGUAUGUUACAGUUUCUGGUCAUGAGUUUAUGAUAGAGGUCAAGAAUUCCCAUAAAUCAUCUGUACCAUCUGAUUGGGUUAUGAUUAGCAGCACAAAAGCUGUCAGCCGUUUCCACUCUCCUUUUAUUAUAGAAAAUUACAGACAUCUGAAUCAGCUCCGGGAGCAGCUAGUCCUUGACUGCAGUGCUGAAUGGCUAAAUUUUUUAGACCAUUUCAGUAAACAUUAUCACCCUGUGUCUAAAGCGAUUGGUCACCUAGCAACUAUCGACUGUCUGUUCUCAUUGGCCCAGGUGGCUAAACAAGGAGACUACUGCAGCUCUGGACAGCAGUCUCAGCUUACAGGCUUUUGGGAUGGUGGCAUCACAUGCACCCUCAGUAAGUUUGCUGAGGACACCAAGUUAGGUGGUGUGGUCAACAUUCUGGAGGACAGGGAGGACAUCCAGAGGGACCUUGAGAGGCUUGAGAGAAUGGGUGCAGCAGACAACAUUUACAAAGGCCGAAGUACCUUUAUGGAAGAACUGACAGAUACUGCUGAGAUAAUAAGAAAAGCAACUUCAAGAUCACUAGUGAUUUUGGAUGAAUUGGGAAGAGGCACUAGCACACAUGAUGGAAUCGCUAUUGCUUACGCUACACUUGAAUAUUUUAUUAGAGAUGUGGAGUCACUGACACUGUUUGUCACUCAUUAUCCCUCAGUUUGUGAGCUGGAAAAGGCAUAUCCAGAAAAAGUUGGUAAUUACCACAUGGCUUUCUUGGUAAAUGAGGAGGAAAGUCCUGAACAAAAAGGAUGUGAAGAUGAAGAGAAUCCUUCGUUUAUCACUUUUCUUUACCAAAUAACUAAAGGAGUCUCUGCAAGGAGUUAUGGGCUAAAUGUUGCGAAGCUGGCAGAUAUUCCUGAAGAAAUCUUGAAGAAGGCAGCUUACAAAUCAAAGGAAUUGGAGACAACAGUGAAUAUGAAAAGAAAAAAGCUAAAGUCCUUUACGGAAGCAUGGAAGAUAAAUGAUUCUCAAGAACUACAAGAAUGGAAAAGUAUGUGUGAACCUGAAGAUUAAAGAAAAGACAGUUUUUAAUCAAAUUCUCCUUAAAGAUGGAAAAUAUUUGAGACACAAAAUAUGGAGGAGAUUAGUAGAGUCUAUCAAGGUGUAGUUUUGGUGCAAUAAAUUGACUUUUAUGCCUUUUGAGAGACAAGAGUACUGCAUUGUGUUAUGAUGUCCCACCUCCAUUCCUGGUUAUAUGCAACUUUCUCACUCCGUGUUACUUCCCUGAGGUGGUUUCCAGCCUUUUCCUUAAUUGCAGAAUGUCAGCUGGCAUUGGAUUUAGUUUCUAAUAUAUUUAGGAAACAUUGAAAUUACCUUGGUAAAUUAUUAGGCAAAUGUUUUAUAAAUAAAAUGAUGUCUUUUAACUUUAUUGUACUUCAGUUUCUAAAGAAAUAUUACUCUGCUUUGGGAAAAUAUAGCUGAAUCUUGACUAGGACUUACUGCUUUGUAAUUGUUAAGAAUGAAUAUCAUGUGAAACUUUCUUUUUGUUCUAAUAUUAAUUCAUUUAAAAAUCACUGGGUUUGUAGAGCACCCAAUUUUUUUUGUGCAUAGUGAACUUAGGAAAGUGUCUGUUAUGAGGCUGGAUAGGAGACUGAUGAUAGUGCAACUAGUAGUUUUCAAAGCAGCAGCACGAGACUUGCAUUAACUGCAAUUUGUUUUCCCUCUUUUUCACUUUCAUGGACUGUUUCCUUUUCAGCUUCAGUUUUUCUCCUGAUCUUGGCCCUCUCUGGCAUAGUCUGAAGUGUAACUCUAAAUAAUGUUAAGGUAUUCUAAGAUGAGGUGAAAGAAGCAAUUCAAACUAUGCAACUCCCUCUCCAGUGCUCUGUCAAAUACAGAGUAAAUCUGGGGAAAACAGAAAUAUUUUAAAUUUUCUAAAAUUUGCUGUUAAUCAAGUCUAAAUUUCAAAUGGGAAUGGGGUACCCAAAUUGGUUUUCCUUUAUAAACAUAACCAAGUGAAAUAUCUUGCUAUGAAAAUGGUUCACGUGCUUCAACCUUGGCAAAUAUUUUGUUGUAUUAAAAAUAUUUUAUUAAGUAGUAAGAAAUGAAAUAAAGUAUCAUCUUGAUUUUGCUGUAAGGUAAAGAAUAAAAUGAGGUUUUGUAAUGAGA